AUGCCGGUUCUUCGCUCAGCUACGGCUGGCUCUGGCGAAGCCCCCAAGCAAUUCAACCAGCCAUCCAGGAAAGGAAAGAAGGCAUGGAGGAAGAACGUGGACGUUACAGAGGUCGAGGACGGCCUUCGAGAGCUGAAUGAUGAGAUUAUUCGAGGUGGUGUCAUUCGAGAAAAGGCAUCCGAAGAUCUCUUCGUCCUCGACAUAGCAGGCGACUCCAAGAUCCCCCAGAAAUUCCCCAAGCACGUCAAGAAGGGUCUCAAGGCCGACGAGAUCAUCAACAAGCGCUCGGCCGUGCCGGCAGUCCCCAUGCGAAAGCGUCCCGGCGACAAGAUUACCGACGGAGUCAUCGCAGCCAAGCGCCCGCGCACGGAUUGGGUCUCUCACAAGGAAUUGGCUCGCCUAAGAAGAGUUGCCGACGGGCAUCACGAGAAUACCGUGGCUGUCAAAGACGCCACCUUUGAUCUGUGGGAUGCCCCCGCUGAGGUGACACAGGAUCCUACCGACUUUUUGCCUGAAAAGGUCGAGGCCAAGGUCCCCAAGUCUAUGAAGCAGCAGCCUCUUUCGCUCCUCGCCCAUGGAAAACAACUUCCCGCGGUGCUGAAGCCUACAGGCGGAUACAGCUACAACCCGUCUUUCCCCGAAUAUGAGAAGCGACUCGCAGAGGAGAGCGCCAAGGCCAUCGAGGCCGAGCAGAAGCGCCUCGAAGCAGAGGCCGCCGAGGCCGCGAAGCUCGAAGCCGCAGCUAGGUCAGCCGCCGAAGCAGAUGCCGCCGAGGAGCGAGCCAACAUGUCAGAGUGGGAGGAAGACUCCGAGUGGGAGGGCUUCCAAUCCGGCGUGGACGAAAGGCCCAGCGCGAAGCAGCCCAAGCGCAAGACGCAGGCUCAGCGGAAUCGCAUCAAGCGCAGAAAGGAAGAGGAGCAGCAGUCGAAGCACAAGGCUAACAUGAAGACCCGCCGGGCGCAGGAGCAGCGCAUCAAGGAGAUUGCCGCAGAGGUUGAGGAGAAAGAGAAGCAAAAGGCCCUCAUUCUGGCUCAGGCCGCUGAAGACGAGUCAGACGCCGACAGCGAGAUUGGAGAGGAAAAGCUGCGAAGAAAGCGGAUUGGCAAGUACAAGCUCCCGGAAAAGGAUCUGGAGCUUGUUCUGCCAGAUGAGCUGCAGGAGUCUUUGCGACUGCUCAAGCCGGAGGGCAACCUGCUCAAGGACAGAUACAGAAGCAUGCUGCUUAGAGGAAAGGUGGAGAGCCGAAGACACAUUCCCUUUAAGAAGCAGGCCAGGAAGAAGGUUACAGAGAAGUGGACGCACAAAGACUUUGUUUUAUAG